AUGACUACAAAUAUUCCUCAAACAGCUCACAACGAUGUGAUUACUCCCCUUCUUACCGAUCACUAUUAAAUAACCAUGUGUUAUUCAUAUUUUUCAAACAAUAGACAUAACCAAGAAGCUGCUUUUGAAAUGUUCUUUAGAAAAUGCCCCUUCCAAGGAUAAUACGCCAUUUUUGCAGGUUUGCAUGAAGUCCUCUCCUUUAUAGCCCAUUUUAAAAUUCCUAAGGAGCAUAUUGAAUAUCUAAAAACUCAAUUGCCUAAUGAUAAGCCAGAAUUCUUCGAAUGGCUCUAAAAUUUAGAUUGUUCAAAAAUAAAGCUUUUUGCAAUGGAAGAAGGUUCUAUCGUAUUCCCAAGAGAACCUUUAAUUAGAUUGUAAGGACCUAUAGGCAUUCUUUAGCUUUUAGAAACUCCUUUACUCAACAUAAUCAACUUUGCUACCUUGUUAGCUACUAAUGCAGCAAGAAUGAAAUAAGAAGCUGGUGAAAAGGCUGUUUUACUUGAAUUUGGUUUGAGAAGAGCUCAAGGUCCAGAUGGUGGACUUAUGGCUAGCCAAUAUGCCUACCUUGGUGGAUUCCAUGGAACUUCUAAUGUUCUAGCUGGCUACAAAUUUGGAAUUCCCAUUAGUGGUACUAUGGCUCAUUCAUUUGUAACUUCUUACAAUUCGCUAGAAUAAAUAAAAGAAUUUGAAAUAAAUGGAGUUCAAAUUAAGUAAACUGCUCUUGAAUACAGAAACGAAUUAGGAUAUGACCACUCUAAUGAAUCAGAACUUGCAGCCUUUUUAGACUAUGCAAGAACUAUGCCAAACAAUUUUUUAGCACUUGUGGAUACAUAUGAUACCCUUCAUAGUGGUGUUCCUAACUUUUUAGUUGUAUCAUUAGCUCUCAUAAAAGCAGGUAUAUAACCUAAGGGUAUCAGAUUAGACUCAGGCGAUCUUGCUAAGCUUUCUUUGGAAACAAGAAAAUUAUUUGACUUCGUUGGAUAAAAGUACUAAUUACCUUAAGUAAAAAACUUUAAGAUUGCUGCUUCAAAUGACAUCAACGAAGAUUCUUUGAAAGAACUUAACAAAAAAGGUCACUCAAUCGACGUUUUUGGAAUUGGUACAAAUUUAGUUACUUGCCAAAAGCAACCAGCAUUAGGAGGAGUUUACAAAUUAAUUGAUUUAGAGGGAGUACCUAAACACAAAUUAUCAUAAGAAUCUGAAAAAUCUACACUACCUGGUAAGAAAACCAUUUACAGAGUAUGGAAUAAUGGUGAUCCUCAUCCUUCUGCAGAUAUUAUAGCAAAAGAAGAUGAAGUGAUAAAAGUAGGCUAAUCGAUAACAGCAGUAAAUAUUAACAAUGGAAAUGAAAGGUUUAACAUAAAAGUUAGUCGUGUUGAAUAAAUCUCUUUAUUAUUUUGGAAUGAAGGUAAACUAGAAGUUCCUUACCGUUCAUUAUUAGAAUUAAGAGAAUAUAGUGAAAAAUAAAAAUAGAUUUUUAAUAAAAGCAUAUUAACUGAUAAAGCUAAAUACCCAGUUUUAGCAAGUUUACAAUACUACAAAUUCUUCUAAGAAUGUAAUGAAAAAAUAGUAGUUUCUAAGCCUUUCUAAUGA